AUGGCUGAAAUCGCACCAGCUCCCGCCGCUGCUGCCGCCGCUCCGGCCAAGGCUCCUAAAAAGAAAGCAGCAAGCAAGCCCAGGAAAUCGGGCCCCAGCGUUGGAGAAUUGAUCGUCAAGGCCGUGUCCGCCUCCAAAGAGAGGAGCGGAGUGUCCCUCGCCGCCCUGAAGAAAGCUCUGGCGGCCGGCGGAUACGAUGUGGAGAACAACAACUCCCGUGUCAAGCUGGCGCUCAGGAGCCUGGUAACCAAGGGCACCCUGCUGCAGACUAAAGGAACCGGCGCAUCUGGCUCUUUCAAGCUCAACAAAAAGCAAGCCGAGGCUGCGAAAAAGAAGCCCGUUAAGAAAGUAGCUCCGAAAGCGAAGAAGCCGGCCGCCAAGAAACCCGCUGCUGCCAAGAAGCCAAAGAAGGCAGCGGCAAAGAAGCCUGCCGCGGCCAAGAAGUCGCCGAAGAAGGCGAAAAAGCCCGCUGCACCCAAGAAGGCCACGAAGAGCCCCAAGAAAGCCAAGAAGCCGGCUGCAGCCAAGAAGGCGACCAAGAGUCCAAAGAAAGCCAAGGCAGCCAAGCCAAAGGUGGCCAAACCCAAGACCACCAAAGCCAAGAAAGCGGCUCCCAAGAAAAAGUGA